AUUAUGUUGUUUACGAAAGUGAGAUGAUGUUGUUUACGAAAGUGUGUUUCUGUCUUAUUACGUAUUUUUAAAAUGAAGGGAAAAGCUAUUAUCGGUAUUUUUCUAUUAAUGGUAAUACUAAUAAUUAUUUACAUCGUAUCAAGCAGCUACUUCUACCUCAUUAAUUCAAUAAAACCAACAGCGAUCAAUCCAGUUCCAAGCUUACGAAACAACCAAUCGUGGAGACCACCACAGAUAUAUGCAAUAUGUACAAUGCCUUUACUCACAAAUAAGGACAUAAAUACAACUAGCUACGCCAGUUACACACCACAAAAGAUAAAAGAACGAAUGUCAGAAUUUAUAACCGGAUUACAGAGGACUCUCAACCACGCGUGUAUAUAUCGCGUCCAUUUUAUAUACAAUCAAACGGCAGUAGUUGAUUAUGUUAAAUCGAAAAUUAAGACAAACUUGGACAAAUUAUUGUUCUAUCGUGUUCCUAAUCCACAAGCACACACCUCGUAUUUUCAAUUUGCCUAUGAUAAUCUUCAAGGAAAAAUAGCAAUGUACACACCUGCUGAUGUCUAUCCGGGAGAAGGGUUUGAAUUGAUUAAUAAAGAUGUUAUGGUGAAAAAUAAGUUGAUGUAUGUUUUAACCAGACAUGGCAAAAAAGAGAAACAUUGUGACAUGCAGAAACAGGCCUCUUCUAACAGCUGUCAUGAUAAACGUUAUGGUGGUUCUCAUGAUACUUAUAUUUUUGUGCCAAUUGGGAAAUUUCCAGCGGAAGUUAAAAAAGAAUUAACGGUACGGUCCAUUGAUUAUGGUGUUGAAAAUAUGUCAAUUUGGGCCUUCAGGAAUUUAGGACAUUAUAAUGUGACAAACCCUUGUAAAGUUCUUAAAGUGUAUCAUUUACAUUGUACCGGACUACGUGAUGCAAAGCGAAAACGACUCAAUACUCCAAGAAACACUGGAAUGGCUCGUCCUACAGAUCAGUUGAAUUAAAACACGAACUCAAUUCGCGUGUACUCUACUUCAGUUUGCGUUAUCAAUUUGGGUGUUGCUAAUAUUUACACCUGCUUCAAAUCUAUUUAUUUAACAUGUUUUAUUUGGUCUGUGUCGUUUUACCUUGCCGUUUGUUGUAUUUAAUUAGUGUGGCAGAUAACUGUAUAAUAACAGGGAAAUCUUUUAAAUGGAUACAGUUAUCGCAAUUGGAGUACCCUUUUGUAAAGUGUCAACCCUAUGUAAACUUCGCAAAGAAUAUUAUUUAAAAUGUAAGGUACUACGUGGUGCAAGGUGUACUAGCCAUCAUUCCGUCUACGCAGAAACUCGGUUUUUUCCACUCAAUAGAAAGACGAAAAGACACAAAUUAAAACUACUAUACAAAAUUAUCAAUAAUCUAACUCAUUAACUCAAGAAUCUCACAAAUCUUGAUCCAACAAAAAGAUAUUCCCUUCGAAACGAAGAUAAAGUAAAACACAUAAGAUGUCGUACUGAACUUUUUUCUAAAUCAUUAUUCCAUCCAGUAUUUGAGAGUGGAAUAAACGCAGUACCUCUGCAGGAAAUUCAAGAACCCUUAAAGUAUUCCCUGGUCAAA